AUGGAGAUUAUUAUUUGUUAUUGCAUCAAGUGCAACUCGGAGGUUGGUCGAUUUCAAAAUGCUUGGAAUGCCAUCGGAAAUACUUAUCACAGUCCUAUCCAUUCUCCGAUUUCAGGGGAUGGUCUAGAGACUACCGGAAACAUCUAUGAAGCAGCCCGCGGUUCGUCAAUUCAGUUUAGCUUACUACGAGAUAUAGUCUGCGUAAAUUGCAGAACUAUCUUGGGCCUUAGCUGUGAUAGUGCACCCGGAGCCCACAUUUUGAAGCGUGGGCAGCUUAUACUUAGACUGAAAGAACUAACCAUUGUAUCAGAGACGUCGGGAGAACCUGCUAAAAUAUCUACACACAAGGCUAUACCUCUCAUUAACGAGGAUGGCAAGAGUGUACUUCCUAGCCAGCCAACAUCUAUUACAACCAAACCGGUUGCUAGUCCUCUAUCAUCUAUUGAGCCAGGCGCUCCAUCAUUAUCUACAGAUAAUAACAAAGUAGUUGAGAGGCAGAGUUCCUGUGAAACAUCUAUACGAAGGCCAUCACUCUUUACAGAAAAUGUUUCUCGUGUCAACAAAUUGCUGGGUCAGGAAUAUCAAAAUCCUUCAGCUGAAAUUGAAAAGUUCAAAUACUGGGCAGAAGAUACGAUUCGAGAACAACGUUUGGACAUAGAUCGAAUCUCAGGGACUAUGCUUAGAAUUGAAGGAGAUGUCCAAAUGCUCAAGGAAUUUAUGUUGGAAGUCCGUAUGAAUCUUGCGUUGAACCUCAUGCCCUCAGCUCAUGAGUUUAAGCUGGACGAAGUCAGGAAUGAAAUUAAACAAGUUAAUGAAAAAUUGGCACAGAGAGAACCAGGAACUGACUGGAAUAAGGCUGCAAGUCUUCUAGCCAGAAAUCUAAAAACAGUCGCUGCAGAGAUGAAUAAGUUAUCGACUCAAGCCAAAAAGGCAGAUGAUAUGAGAUCAACUCUCGAAACGUUAACCGUCCGCCUUCGACAGCUUGAACAGCAAAAUCUAGAUUCAUCAGACAAUGAACUUCCUACGAUAGGUAAAUCUCUAGGAGAAGCCAGUCAUAGAAAACGACUUUAUAAAAAAGAUGAUAACUUGUAUGAAGAAGCAGGAAAUCCUGGUAAAAAAAUAUUUUUGGGCAAGCCGAAAGUUUACCACAAGUUAGUCAAAAAUAAAGGGCAGGAAACUCCACCAUCAGAAUCUGCCGUAGUAAGCCUAGCUUCUCUAGAAUCUCAAUUAAAAAGUAUUGAAAAAAGUGAAGGUAAAACUGCAAUAGAAAGUCCCAUGUUAAGAGAAAGUCAUGUUUUUUCGAAUCGUAAGCCGCAAGUCCUUAUUCGGAGCUCAAACUUGAAAAUUACGCAUCUGAACUCUGGGCUAUCUCCCGCAUCAUUGUAUAAAGAUACAAAACGUGACCCGACACCAAAAGUUGAAUCAUCAUCAAGCUUAGUAGAAAAUCAAAUCGAAGAUAUUGAAGCCGGAGUAUUAAUCUCGUAUAACACUCCAAAUUCUCGUUCUAACUCGUCUGAUUACAAGUCUCCGCCUUCUAAGAAAGGGGAUCUUGAGUAUACAAAUUUUGAACGUCGGUCUCUUCGAAGUGCUAGAUCAAAAAUAAAAAAUGAAGCUAAUGAGAUACCAACGAGCAAGAACCCACAGACGAUAUCAGAAAAUCAUUCUCUAGUUAGCAGCAAAGAUACUCAUCUUAAUUCAGGCGAAGAAGGCGAAGUGAUAACAGAGAGAGGCAUUACUCUUUCUGAAAAAAGUAAAGGGCUAAUACAGCAGCGGGUCAACAUUGAUGAUACUUCAAACUCUUCUCAAAUAUUAGAAAAUAAUCAUAGGUUACUCGAAGUUUCAGAGGAAACUGAAACGGAAAAAAAAAGACCUUUUAUUUGUGAGAGAUGCGGUAAAAGCUACAUAGCUUCCGGUAGUUUACAGAAUCAUUACAAACGUACAACAUGUGCAUAA